AUGGUGUGCAUACUCUGUAUCCUCAUUCCAGUGCUGCUCUGGGUCUACAAAAAGUUCCUGGAGCUGUAUAUCUACUCUCUGGUGUUCCCUCUAGUUAGUCGGCUGUGACCUCGAAAAGAAAUACAGUAAAUUAAUGACCAUGGCAAAGGGGACUAUAAGGGUGCAGCUAUAAAUGGAUUAUCAACAAAGGGACAAGCAGAAAUUUGUGAUAAAAAGAAACAAUGAAGGAGCCCCCCUCCUCGGAUUUUAUUGUUGUGAGAAUAGACCUGAUAAUCAGAAGCACC